CAGCCCAGCAGCAGGGACGAGGCUGGUCCUGGAUGUCCAAGCCCUUCCCUGGGCCAGGCGGAGCCAGGCACUGACACCCGGGGAGGCUCGAGCAGCUCCUGCACCUUCAGCAGGCAAAAGGUGACUUGGAGCCACUGAGGAAGGAUGUGGGCUUACACUGUUGGGUUCACUGUCCUGCCUCACGUUGGGGGAUUCCUUGGCUGGUUCCUGAAUCGAAAGGAAAUUCCUGCCUGGUAUGAGAAGCUGAAAAAACCUUCCUGGUGUCCAUCCCGCAAGAUGUUCCCUAUUGCCUGGACCGUCCUGUACACGGGCAUGGGCUACGCCUCCUACUUGGUGUGGAGUGACCUGGGCGGCUGCAGCAGCAAAGCCAUCAUCCCACUGGGGCUCUACGGGGCUCAGCUGGCCCUCAACUGGGCCUGGCCCCCCUUCUUCUUCGGUGCCCAGAACCUGAACAUGGCCCUGAUCGACAUCCUGUGCCUGGACGGGCUGGCCAUUGGCACCCUGUGCUCCUGGUACCGCAUCAACAGGGUGGCAGCGCUGCUGCUGGUGCCCUACCUGGGCUGGCUGGCCAUGGCCACCUGCCUCACCAUCCACAUCUGGAGGGACAACCCCGAGCAAAAGGCAGGGAAGAGAGAAUAAAUGAAGGCAUUUUGUGUAGCUAAACUGUGCGGAUGUGAACCAAGAUCUACCAAUUUGGGGGGGCCACUUUGGGAUGUGUCCUGCUCCUCCUCCCAUCGUGGCCGUGUAAAAGGUUUGCACGAGGCACCCACGGGCUCCUUUAAACUAACUGGGCAUCCUUAACCAGGGAGCUGUUUUCUCCAGCACUGCUGAGGUUUGGGGGCUACAGCUGUACCCUGCCCUUAAUGCCAUCAGGUCCAAUUCCACCAGCUAAACUGGGAUCUCAUGAUCCAUCAUAAUUCAGGGCAGCAACACCAGAGACCCCUCGACACUGCCCCAUUCCCCCAGAGCAGAGCUUGGUCACACAGGAGCUAAAUCCCAUCUCCUCUCCUGAGACCAAACAGAAAUGCCCUUCACUCGUGCACAUCCAUUUUUAAGAACUUGAUUUUUUUUGCUAUUUGUGCUGUUGCUUCAUGUUCAUAUAUCACCUGGUUUGGGCUUUAUACCUUUAACUUUUUAUCUGACAGCUCCAAGUGAGCAGGGAUCUGCCUUGUUCUGCUGGUGCAAGGAGACUGGGCUCUGACUUCUAUUUGGGGAGUAUCACACUCCUUCAGCUCAUGCUCCAAGAUAAAGCAGUAAUGAUUAGAAUGCAAAUGCUUCUCCCCAGAGGAAAUUCCUCUCUUCCACCUCUGUGUGCCAUUCCUCAUCAGAACAGAAAAACUAACAUCAGUGCCUUUGAAAAAAUACUUAAUUUUUUUAAGAAGAGAGACACAAGAGUCUGUAAAAUUCAGGAACUUGCUCCCACUGCCUUGAUGGUUGUAGCUACAUAACAGGCAAAGAGUCUGUCAGGUGCAGUGCAAGUGCCUCAUCCUGCAGUCUUUCCAUUCCUCAACAUUAUUUAUCAGGAAGGUUAAAGUACAAGGAUUUCCUGAGCAAUGGGACCAAGCCAUGACAGAUCAGGCACAAGGGGUGCAUGGACUCACCUCUGUCCAUCCCUUAUCCUGGCCCUUGACAGACCCAAACCUGAGCUCUCACUGUCUCCAGAGAGUAUUUACUAUUAUUUUGGAUUGCUAAAAGCACCAUGUGUGUAGAGAAGGAGCACGAGGAUCUUCCUGGCAGCUGUGGAGAUUGGGAGAGCACAGGU